GGUGUGUUGUGUUGUGAUUUGUCAAAUUGGAAUAGAUAGUGUACGGAUUGUGUUUUGGCAGUGUUGGAGGUCAGUGGAUGGCUGGGUGAAGGUGAGUUGAAGGUGAGCGAAAGCAGAGUUGCUCAGACUCGCUCAGAAUUCAACUCUGAAACGAACAGCUGGCAUUCACUACAGUCUCUCUCUCUGUCCCUUGUUUCUGUGUGAGAUUGUAUCGUGCUCCACCUGCUUCGGAGCUGCAUUAAGAAGGGCUCAGUCUGAAACUUGGUGUCAAAGUGUCAAGUCCACAUGCUGCUGGCAAGGCGAAGGUCGCUGCUCUUCGAUCUGGCGGCUCCACUUUGCAGUGUGACUGGCAUCCAUCUGCGCACAGCGGCGACGCGUGCACCGAUCAGGACGACGACGACGGCGACGACCAGCAAAUCGACAUCGUCAUCACUCUCAGUAGGACCAAGAUCAAGAGGAUCACCCACUGCAUCGCGACCGACGCUCAGCGCUCAUGCAGAUCAGGACGCAAGAUUGCCACUACAGCACUACGCAGCCGGAUUCGCAACGUCCAUGAUGAUGAUGAUGAGGACGCCGUGGCAUCGACUCUACUCCACUGAGGCAAACGCACCGCUACCGUUCCAGGCACCGAGACUGAUCGACUCGACGCAGUUUCACGAGUAUCUGAGCACAUCUCCUGCAUUCGACACGUCUCUACCAGCGAGUGCGACCGAGAAGGAUGCAGACCAAGAAGCAGCAGAGCAAACUGCACAGCGCCGCUGGCUGGAGACCAAGACCCGCGCUGAAACAGAUGCUGCCCUGCUCAACUUUAAGCAGUCAGCGACAUACACAAAGGGCGUGAGCCAGCUUCGUCUGGAUUCACGCGAUUUGGAGCAAAUACCGCGAUCACACCCGACGUGGCCCGCUGGUGCACCUCCGCCUCGCGUUGCAGUCGGCGUCUCGGGCGGAGUUGACUCGACAGUCGCCGCCUAUCUACUGAAACGGCAAGGACUUGAUGUCAUUGGGGUUUAUAUGAAAAACUGGGACGAGUUGGACGAGACUGGGCACUGCACUGGCGAGCAAGACAUGCGCGACGCGGCGCUCAGCUGUGCAGCGCUGGGCAUCCCCUUCCGCACGGUCAACUUUGUCAAGGAGUACUGGAACGACGUCUUUACAGUGUUUCUGCAAGAGUAUCAGCGUGGACGCACGCCAAAUCCGGAUAUUCUGUGCAAUCGCGAAAUCAAGUUUAAGGCGUUGCUCAAUGUCGUCCAAACUUCGUUCGGUGCUCAGUUUCUCGCCACUGGACACUAUGCCGGUGUCAAUCGGUCUGCAUUUGCAAGCGGACUGUCUCCUCAUCCCCAGCUCAUUGAGGCGCACGACAAGGCCAAAGAUCAGACGUACUUUUUGGCUGCCAUCUCGAGUGAGGCGCUGUCUCGCACCCUCUUUCCACUCUACGGGUUGGAAAAGCAUCAAGUUAAGCGGAUUGCACACGAGAUUGGACUCAUCGAGCUUUCUACUAAGAAGGAAAGCGUCGGCAUUUGCUUUGUGGGCAAACGCCGCUUUGACCGUUUCAUCUCCAACUACAUUGCACCACAACCAGGAUACAUUGAAUUGACCGAUGGAACCAUUGUUGGCCAGCAUCAGGGGCACUUUUUGUACACGGUCGGUCAGCAUCGUGGGCUUCCCGGUGGAGCCGAUCAGUUUUGCGUAGUGGCCAAGGACAGCGCUCGCAAUGCCGUCAUUGUGACCAAAGCGAGCGCUAUAUCUCGAGCAUACAAGAUCUUUGGCGACACUGUCAACAAGUCGGGCACGACAGCGGUUCCAGCCAAGCUGGUGGAUGCAAGCAAUCUCGCGGAACCAGACCCGUCCUGCAUGUACUCGCGGUCUAUCGUGGUCAGUGCACCCAGUUGGAUAGCAGGAGUACCACCACUGGAGCUUCAAGGCGGACAAGGCCAACAAUUACGUUGUGGUGCGCGAUUCCGGCAUCGAGCGCCGAUUGUGCCUUGCACCGUGACAUUGCAAUCCGACGAGUCGGGCCAGGCGAGUCCAGUCAAGCUUCACAUUCAGCUCGAUCGGCCAUUCGCUGCAGUUGCUCCCGGCCAGUUUGCUGCGCUAUACCUGGACGGAGUCUGUCUCGGCGGCGGUGACAUUGUCGAAACCGAUGUUUUGCAAAUGCUGAUGGCACAGCAGGCCGAGCGCGAGCUGCACCCCAAACGCGAGAUUGGAUCUGGCAAACGGCGGUUCCCUUAGAGCAGAGAGAUGUUUGGCUCUCUCUCUUCCAACAACCUUGGCAGACGUUUGAGCUUUUCUUGUACUUGUAGGCUUGUAGGAUAAAUAGGUUU